GUUGGUGGUGUGGGGGUGCUCCUUGCUCGCUAACUACAUCUUGUUUCCCUCCCCUCUCCCAGCUGCAUCUCCUGCUCUGCAGCCCAUCCCCUUGGCUCCUGCUGCAGCAGCUUUCCAAGAUGACACUGGAUCAGUUGACCACAAAUGGCUCAAACCCAUCACCAUCAGAUCUACCCCCAGAGGUGCCGCAUCAUUUGAAGUCCAUGCCACCUCUGGGGUUACGGUCCACAUCAUCCACAGCCCCAUGACAAAACCUAUGAUUAACUCCAGAUGGCCCCUGGAUCCCGAUAUAGAGGUCAUAGUGACCAUUGAUGUCAUCAGCAGGACUGUCAAUGACAAUAAGGUUAAGAUUUCAUACUACGGAUGGGAAGACAAUGAGCUUUCAGUGGCUUGGUUGUACCUCACCUGCGUAGAUGUAUCCCUGGAUGUGGACUUGAGCCGUAAUGGCAGAGUGAAGAGCAAAGGGAAGGACAAGGCCAAGUGGACGUGGGGUCCGAAUGGGCAAGGUGCUGUGCUGCUGGUCAACUGUGACCGGGACAGCCCAGGGGCGGUGGGGAUGGACAGUGGUCAGGCAGCCAUACGGACCACUGCAGACCUUCAGGACAUGUCUGUCAUGCUGCUGCGGACUCAAGGUCCCAGCGCUAUCUUUGCUGACUACCAGGUGGUUCUGCACGUCCCCGAGUCGGAUGCAGAUAAAGUGAGAGUUUUCCAUGCUAUCCGGACUGACUCACACCCCCAGUACAUACCCGUGUUGGGCCCGGACAGGCUCUCCUACGUGCUGGACCACUUUGGCAGUGGAGAGAACACCUUCUAUGUUGAAGGCUUGGCUUUCCCUGACAGAGGCUUCUCUGGGUUGGUUUCUUUCAGCGCCAGUUUGCUGGAGGUCCCCCAUAAGAAUUCACCAGGCACCCCCAUUUUCACGGAUACGGUGGUUUUCCGCGUAGCACCCUGGAUAAUGACGCCCAACACCCAGCAGCCUACGGAGGUUUUUGUCUGCAGCAUCCAGCGAGGCUCAGAUUCCAAUGAAGUGUUUUUGGAAGGACUCAGGGUCCUGCUGAAGAAAGCCAACUGCAAACUGACCAUCUGCUCGGAGGUGGAAACCCGGAGUGACCGCUGGAUCCAGGACGAGCUGGAGUUUGGCUAUGUGGAAGCACCGCACAAGGUCUUCCCCGUCGUCUUCGACUCACCCAGGAACAGAGGCUUGAAGGAUUUUGCUUUUAAAAAGAUCCUGGGCCCGGAUUUUGGCUAUGUGACCCGUGAGCCCCCCGGGAGAGAGAUCACCAGCCUCGACUCCUUCGGCAACCUGGAUGUCAGCCCUCCAGUGACAGUGCGAGGGAAGGAGUAUCCCUUGGGCAGGAUCCUGAUUGGCAGCCCCCUGCCCUGGGCCUCUGGCCGGCGGAUGUCUAAGGCUGUCAGGGAUUUCCUGUAUGCCCAGAAAGUGCAGGCACCGGUGGAGGUUUACUCGGAGUGGCUGAGUGUGGGCCACGUGGAUGAAUUCCUCACCUUCGUCCCAGCCUAUGAUAGGAAGGGUUUCCGGCUCCUUUUGGCCAGCCCCAAUGCCUGCUACAAGCUCUUCAAGGAGAAGCAGAGGCAGGGCCACGGUGAAGCUACACUAUUUGUUGGGCUGAAGAAUGCUGAGAGGAAAAGCAUCGAUGAGAUCCUGGCAGAUGAGCCGUUGAAGAGUGACAACAGGCACGUGCAGCGCUGCAUUGACUGGAACCGUGACCUCCUGAAGCAGGAGCUGGGGCUGAGUGAGCAGGACAUCAUCGACAUUCCCCAGCUCUUCAUCCUGAGGGGCUCCCGUGCAGAUGCCUUCUUCCCGGACAUGGUGAACAUGCUGGUGCUGGGCAGGCACUUGGGCAUCCCCAAGCCCUUUGGACCGCAGGUGGGUGGGCAGUGCUGCCUGGAGGAGCGGGUGCGGGCGCUGCUGGAGCCCCUGGGCCUCACCUGCACUUUCAUCGAUGACUACUUCUCCUACCAUGUCCUCUCUGGGGAUGUCCACUGUGGCACCAAUGUCCGCCGUAAGCCCUUUGCCUUCAAAUGGUGGCACAUGGUGCCUUGAAGCACCUGGCAACGGGCCCAGGUCCUGCAACUGGAGCAUAAAGGUGCAUUUGCUGCAUCAGGAGAUGCAGCAAAAUCGAGGGUCUCACCAAUAAAGCUGCAUUAACACCAAA